AUGAUUGAUCAAAAUAUUGAGGCUGAAAUUCAAUCAGAACCAGGCUAUGAAGACUUAGUGGGAUAAAGAGUCAUCUUAAAGCAAAAUGUUGGAAGUAUUAGAUAUGCAGGAAAGUUGAUCAACAAUCCAAAGGCAGGAAAUGAUAUUUGGUUGGGAAUAGAAUGGGAUGAAGAAGGUCACGGAAAGCAUAUGGGAAAUGUGGAUGGUGUCUAAUACUUCUUUUGUGAAUUCCAUAAACUAUCACCAAACUAUGAAGGAUAGUAGACUUAAUGCUGCUCCUUUAUUAGAUAUGGAAAAAUUCAAAUUGGGGGUACUGAUAUAAGGCAGGCAAUUGUUGAAAAAUAUAGGCCAGAUGAUAUGAUGACUGAAGAAGAGAAGGAAAAAUUGAAAUAAAAUGAGAACGAAGAGAUCUAUGUUAACACUGAUAUGAAGGGUAGAAAGAAGAUUGAGGUCUUGGGGUAAGAUCAAUCUUAUCAAUGGAGAUCAGAUGUGAGAUAGAACUAUGAAAUUGCUUUGGAAUGUUUAAAAAUAUCAGACUUAGGUCCAAGAGGAACUCUGAAUAGUUUAAUUCCCUCAACUAUGUAUCUCUACCUUGACAAAAAUCUACUUCAUUCAUGGGAUUAGUAUUUCUAGAUAACUAGAGAGUUGAGAUACUUAAGGAUUCUUGUUUUGACUGGCAAUAAGUUCAAAAGAAUUGACAAGAAUUACUUGGCUGAUAAAAAGGUAGAGGAGAUGAUUAACCCAUUCCUUCACGAAUUAGUCCUGAUAGAUAUGGCUUUGGAUUGGAGUUAGAUUGAUGCACUAGCCCCUACUAUGAUAUACAUAGAAGAGCUUCACCUAGUUAGAAGUCAAUGUAAUAAGAUAUGUAGCGAGUACCAGAUUAGCAAGGAGCAUUUUAAGAAUCUCAGGUUUAUAAACUUAGAGUAGAAUGGGAUUGAAUCUUGGGAUGAAAUAGUAGGAUUCAGAAACCUCCCUGGUUUAAGAAGAAUCACAGUAAGCAAGAACAAGAUCAGAGAGAUUUAUUAUAAACCUGGCUUUAAUGAUCUUUACAUGGUAACAAUGGAGGACAACUUGAUAAACAGCUGGAGAUCUUUUGAUGCUCUUAAUGAAUUCAAGAGGAUCACUCAUUUGAGGUGCAGUGGCAAUCCCAUCUAUGAAUAGGCAGGCACUCUUUCUAGAUAAUAAGUAACAGCGAGACUCUAAUUCCUAAAGAAUCUGAACGGUAGUGCAAUUGAGGAAGGAGAAAGGAAAGACGCUGAAAUUAUAUAUAUGAAGAAAUCUUAUGAAGACUACAUCAGAGAAAACAAGAUUGAAGUUAAGCUGGAACUAAAUGAUGAAAAUUUAAUGAAACAUAUGAUGGAAAAUUAACCUCGUUGGUAUGAGCUUGUAGAAAUAUAUGGAAACCCAAUCGAUAUGGUGUCCCUCAAGUAAGACGCUAAGAAUAUUGCUUCAACUAGUGCUAAGAUAAAACUCAUUUCUUAAUGUACUUCAACAAACGGCAAAACACUUGAGAAAAAACUUAUUACUUCAAUGACUGUGGGCGCACUUAAAGCUAUGUGCGCUAAAUUAUUCAAGAUAGAGGUCAUUAGAUAGUCUCUCAUUUACAAGGAAGAGUCAUGUGAACCCUAUGAACUAGACGAAGACCUAAGAUAGUUGUCCUUCUAUUCAAUCAGAGAUGGAGGUGAAAUUGCUAUUAUUGAAAAGUAAUGA